AUGAUGAUGACGAAUGGUCCUCUGCAUUUGUUUUUCCAGGAACUCUACUUGGCGUCUUAUAACGAUCAGUAUGAUAAUGAAGACGAGUUUCCCGUGGUGGAAGCGCCUGUCCUGAUUAUGGACAAUGCCGGUGGUCACUCGCUCAAGACUACUGAGGAAGACAAACAUGUGCCCAUGGUCUCCAUGCGACGGGCAUCGAGUACGGGAUCGUUGGGAAUCAAAAAGAGCAAGACCACUGGACGCAGACGCAAGAAGAAGAGCAAGGAUCUCAAUGGCAGUUGCCGUUGGGAUUCGGGAACCAGUAGUAGCUUGGAACAACAAGCUCCCAAUAAUAAGGUUUUGGUCGAGCCGUCGGAAGAAGACAUUGAAGGGUUGCAGUGGAUGAUCUCCUCUUGUACUAGAAGACUUACCAGGGGAGAAUCCGCUCUGAGCUUGGACGAAGCCAUGGACGAUCUUUCAUUGUCAUCGACGACAUCGGAAGGAUGCGCGGAUCUCAUGGGAGGAAGCAGCAGCUCGAGUCGUUGGUCUUCUACGCCGGCACCCGUCGUCAAGAAGACCAGUAACCCCGUGGCGGUCGCCAAGAAAGAUGGAGCCGCCAAGUUGCCCCGCCGCAAACGAUCGUCCACCAAGGAUACGGUCAUGGAUCAGCCCUGCAAGACACCCGUGCGCAAGGAGACGUCUCUCAGCCCCAAGCCCCGCUUGACAGGAACCGUAAAGGCCGCGCCCUUUGCCGAUCUACUCACGGCUCUGGAUGAACUCGAAGUGGACAAUGAUGUGGGAUACUUUCUUUCCUCCAAGCACAUGGAAAUUGCACCAGAGCUAUUUCGAGCGGCAUGA